UUGAAAUCACUUUCGGUUAUUACUCUUCGAUUUAAGACAGCAGAAGUUGGGGACUGGGUAAGAGGAGCAGAAGUUUGCCCAGCAGAAGUUGCUCUGAAUCAGAGCUCUACAUCCACCAUGUUGCCCUGUGGACCAGCCUUGUCCUUUGUUCGGUGUCUGGUGCGGAAGAAGAACGUGAGUGGUGAAAGCCUGGAGGACUCCAAGUUGUGCCGAUGCUUGUCGACGGUGGACCUUAUCGCCCUGGGAGUAGGCAGUACCCUGGGCGCCGGCGUUUAUGUCCUGGCUGGAGAAGUAGCCAAAUCUGACUCUGGACCCAGUAUUGUCAUUUCUUUCCUCAUUGCCGCGCUGGCGUCCGUGAUGGCGGGUCUCUGCUACGCCGAGUUCGGUGCUCGCGUCCCCAAGACUGGCUCUGCCUAUUUGUACACUUACGUAACUGUCGGUGAGCUCUGGGCUUUUAUCACCGGUUGGAAUCUCAUUUUAUCCUACGUUAUAGGUACAUCAAGUGUGGCAAGAGCCUGGAGUGGCACCUUUGAUGAACUUCUUGGAAAAAAAAUCGGUCAUUUCUUCGGAACCUACUUCAAAAUGAAUUACUCUGGGCUGGCAGAGUAUCCUGACUUCUUUGCUGUAUUCCUUAUAUUGCUUUUAUCAGGUCUCUUAUCCUUUGGAGUAAAAGAAUCUGCAUGGGUGAAUAAAAUUUUCACUGCUAUUAACAUCUUGGUCCUACUCUUCGUUAUGAUUUCUGGUUUUGUGAAAGGAAGUGUUGACAACUGGAAAAUAAGUGAAGAAUAUCUCAUAAACCUCACUGCAGUAACAGAGAAUUACUCAGCCUUUGAUACUGUGACAAGUAUAUAUGGGAGCGGUGGCUUCAUGCCCUAUGGUUUCACAGGAACAUUGGCUGGUGCUGCAACCUGCUUUUACGCUUUUGUAGGAUUUGACUGCAUUGCAACAACUGGAGAAGAGGUCAAAAAUCCUCAGAAGGCCAUACCCAUAGGAAUUGUGGUGUCCCUGCUUGUCUGCUUCAUGGCCUAUUUUGGGGUUUCAGCUGCACUGACACUUAUGAUGCCAUACUACCUACUAGAUGAGAAAAGUCCUCUGCCAGUAGCAUUUGAAUACGUUGGAUGGGGUCCUGCGAAAUAUGUCGUAGCAGUGGGAUCCCUCUGUGCUUUAUCCACAAGUCUUCUUGGAUCCAUUUUCCCAAUGCCUCGGGUAAUCUAUGCUAUGGCGAAGGAUGGGUUGCUUUUCAAAUGUCUAGCUCAAAUCAAUUCCAAAACGAAGACCCCACUAGUUGCUACUCUCUCGUCGGGUGCAGUAGCAGCUAUAAUGGCAUUUCUGUUUGACCUUAAGGCUUUAGUGGACAUGAUGUCUAUUGGUACACUGCUUGCUUAUUCACUCGUGGCAACCUGUGUCCUCAUUCUUAGGUACCAACCCAGUUUAAGCUACGAGCAACCGAAAUAUUCUCCAGAAAAAGCAGCUUUGGCUGCAUCUGAAAGGGAAUGUGCAGUGAGUGAAUCACAGAUAAAUAUGAUAGAGGAGAAUCACUUCAGUCUGCAGGCCCUGAUUAAUCCAUCCAGUUUCCCUACCGAGCAGACUGCAACUACCGUUAACUUCUUGGUGGGUCUCUUAGCUUUCUUGGUUUGUGGCUUGAGUGUCCUCACUACUUACGGGAUUGACUUCAUUGCUAACUUGGAGCCCUGGAGUAUUGGCCUUCUUGCUGUGUUGGUGGUGUCCUUCAUAGUUGUCAUUCUCCUCAUCCAAAGGCAGCCUCAGAACCAGCAGAAAGUGGCCUUUAUGGUUCCACUAUUGCCAUUUUUGCCAUCAUUCAGUAUCCUGGUAAAUAUUUAUUUGAUGGUGCAAUUAAGUGGAGACACUUGGAUCAGAUUUAGCUUCUGGAUGGCACUUGGUUUCCUCAUUUACUUUGCUUAUGGCAUCAGGCACAGCCUUGAAGGUCAUCGUGGCGACGGAGAUGACGAUUCUUGUUCAGAAAACAGUGGGUUGCGAGAAAAGAACCCUGUGGAAGAAGUGGAUGAACCUGAAAAUGCAGAUGAAAGUGAUCAGUUUCUUGCACAUGAAAGGACAAGUGAAUGUUAAUCUUUGCAAACAUACAAGCCUUUUAAACCUUUAAUUGACAUUUUACUUGUGGACUGAAAAUUCAAAAGCUUUCUGCCAACAUUGUGCCUCUUGAAAGUGUUUACUACAAGGCCUGGCUGGUAUUUUGGACAAGCUGCUAAUCCAUCAGUUCAGAACUGACAGCAUGGAGAUUAAUAUUUAAAUUAAAAAACAAACAAGAGAAAUACCCUCUGGCAAGGCAAAAUUUGGAUGCAUUGUUUGGACUGUCAUCCAAAAUCACCGGCGAUCACAAAAUAUGAAGAAUUUUAGAGCUGCCUGCAAGAAGUUAUGAAUAUUUGACACCGCACUGUGAACACGAGUGCCUUUCGUACCUUCUCCUUAUCUGUUACAUGUUUUGGUGACAAUCUAAUAGCUCUCUUUUUUCUACAGAAGUAACUCUUACAGGAGAUAAAUUGCAGACAGGCCUGGAAAGUAUUUGCAAAAUGAAGGGUAAUGGUACAGAUCUGAUACUUUGCAAAAAGUAAAGGAUCAUAUAUGUAUAUACAAAGAAAUAAUUGCUUACUCUUACUAGUGAGUGGUCACGGAGAACUCAAACAGUGAAGUAACUUCAAAGGCUUUUAUUCCCUCAAGAUUUCUUCUUAUGUGAAUUCAGAGAUGCUGUGUGUAUAAAAUAAUACUCCCCAAAGGAGUUAUGUUGUUUUCUGCAAAAGCACCUGAGAAAUAAUCUGUUGGUCACAGUUUUGACAGUGACAUUCACAUUUGAUUUAACAAGUAUUGGGCUUUUGAUUUCAGAAGGGCCAGGAUUUUAUCCCUGCCUACAUAGUUUGGUACUUACAUCCAGCAGUCAUCAAGUUUUCCUCCUUAAUACUUAUUUAUUUCUCCUAUACAUUCUUCUCUAUCAUGUGGCAGAGCUGAUAUUUCUGAGAUUAGUUGUUACACGUUGCUUCUCCUCAGAAAAAUUAAUGCACAAAAUCCCAACCACCUUUUCAGAUGGAAGGGGAGGUUAAAAAACCAGGGGGCUUAGGCUCUGGAAAAAAUCCUCAUCAAAAGAGUAUUUCAGUGCUUCUCUAAGCCUUAAGCAUGUGUUAGCACAGCAGUUUUCCAUGAGCCAAGCCUUCAUCCACAAAUCCAUUCAUGUGGGUAGGAUGACCAAAUGCUAAUUUAUGUAAAGUACCAAACUGUUGCAGGAGUGCUGGGUGAACAAGUGUUUUAAAGCGAGUGAAAAUGGAAGAUCUUCUUUCAACAGAAAAGUCGUGUUACCUGUCAAAGGCAACCAGAUACUUUAAUCACUUUUUCUCAGCGAGAAGUAGGCUCGAGUCCCAUGAUGGAUUCCAGAAUAUGAAGUUAUUUUGCAAGAAUGUAUUUAUAAGAAUAACUUCCCUAAAGUAAGAACUGUCUUGGACUCUGUCAUGGAGAGUGGCAAUCCGUUGCUAGUACUAAUCACUGGUAUUAAUCUCUGUUAUUGGGUAUAAAAACUUUAGGUCCCGUGAGAGCUAUGUUGGCUGACAGUGAAAAGCACCUUACUUUUUAUAAUAGCUGGAAUUUCACCAAAAAAAAUGAAAAAAUAGAAGAAAAAAAAAAAAGAAAAGCUAGUUAAACUGCUUCUGUCUCUUUCCUGUUCUUUGCCACAGCAAUAGAUUUGUGCUUUUUGAUCUUAAAACAACUCCUGUUGUUGUAAGAGAGUAACAUGCCUAAAUGUUAAAAGGGCAGAAGGAGAAGCACUUUUUGACCCUUCACUGGGCAAGAACCCUUCGCUGGGCUGAUACUCCACCGUGGGGUAGGUCUUAAGUUUUCAUCCUGAUCCUUGCUUCUCAGCUUGAACUGGGAGAAGAGGGUCCUGUGGUGCUGGCACCAGCGAGCGGGUCCAUGUCUGCUGGUGUACCAGUGGCCUCUACUGGCUACUCAGCAUUAGGAGCAGCAAUCGGAAAAUUCGUUAAAACAACAGGUGAAACACCUACCUCUUAACCCAGGUUCCAGCAUAUACAUCCUCUAACUGCAGCUGCUCCUGUCCUAAGGGCUGUUCUAGUGACUGGCGGCCCUUAAAAAGGGAUGAGAUGCAGAGGAUGAGGAGAAACUAUAGGGUAGGUGGGCAAUGGGAUACUGAUUUUUAAUACAUCAUACUCCAUCCAGAAUUGGUCAGAAGUUAUAGCCAUUUGUUCCCAAAAUUCAUCAUUGCUUACAAGAUGCUAUUAAAAGAAGGCUCAGAUCUCCUAUCGGUCUAAUACAAGCCGAUGGUACACUAAGUAAAUGUGUGGUUGAUCGGAACGGAUGGGAAUUCUCAGGGCAGUUCCUGGAGCUAUUGAUAAUUUCCAAUACUUCUAUUCAGUGGGUGAAAGAGCUGUCUGUGUCAGUUGGAUCUGCUGUUUUAAUUGUAAUUCUCAACUAGGGCCCAUUUUUAUGCUAAAAAUGACAAAAGAACUAUAUGUUCUUGUCUAUAUUGGAAAUAAGAUAAAGAUUAGAAAUUUAAGACUUCCUAGGCUCUUGAAAGGAAUCCAAUCUAGUAAUCCUGAGAUGUCAAAACAAAGGUUUUUAUUUUAACAUAUCCAAAAGAUUGAGUAAAUGAAUGUAUGUUCUGUUGUUAUUAAUCCCACAAGUAUUUGAGACAGAAAAGCUGAUGUUUUUACUGGAGCACGGCCUCGUUCAGUGGUUAUGCUGUCGGAGGCCAUUCUCAACCUGCCUUGCCCCACGCUCUUGAUUCCUCAGUGCAAAGAAAUAGUGUGGUUGCAGUGGGAGCAGGCCAGCAGUGCUCGGGCACAGCUUUUGCACCACGGUCUUUAGGAGCCUGGGGUGAAACACGGCUCUUUGAAAACUCCUUCCAGGCCUGGGGGUGUGGGAAGCAGAGCCUGGGGUGCUCCCUCUGGGCGCUGAUGCGGCAGAGCGGGCCAGCCAGGCUCCUGAGAUGCAAACCGCUGCUCUUUGGGGAUGUGCAACGCAAGACCCCGCUCCCUCCCAAGGCCACCAUAUAGAAUGUGUGUGUGUGUGUCUGUGUUUGUGUCCGUCUGACAUUAGCCCAUAGUGAUUUUGAUGUACUGAUUUAAAAUAAUGUCUGUACUGCACUGGAAUUUUCUUUUGAAGGGAUACUGUCAAUGUAAUAAACUUCUGACGGAAGCAAGUGCCAGCUAAAGCUUCUGGAGAUACAGAAAUUAAAUCUUCCAGUUUAUUAGGACUAGAUGAUCUUAAAGGUCCCUUCCAACCUCGACAAUUCUAUGAUUUACCUAACGGAUGUGCCAGCACUUUGGGUAUUGACAGUUUCCCCUUUCAUUUGUAUUAAUAUUUCUCCUCCCGUGCUAGAGAAACUAAUUACAUAAAAAUACAAGACUGCUCCUGUGCAAACGUUGUUAAGGAGAGAUGGGAGCAGCUGCAGCACAGGAACUAUCCACUUAACUAAUGAGAUAUAAAAUGAAAUUAAAGUCAUUGGGUAUUCUCAGUCGCUUCACCUGUGCGAAGCUUAUUUAUAUGUGUGUAUAGUUAAAGUCAUUAUUAGUCAGGGGCUGAGUAAGAACGUGACAAGCCACAAGUAAGGUAGUUAUGCUAAUUUGGGUGUGCAUUUGUAUAUGCAAUCUUGAGAUCGCAGAUGCUUUAGUGGGACAUUGGUGGAGCUGGCUGUUUGGGGGACAGUCGUGCUGCUCCUGCCACAGGAGCCGGGCAGGAAACAAAUCCUUGUUUUUUUCUCGUGUUUGCUGUGUGUCUGCAAGUGCCCAGAGAGCAGCUGAGAGUCCAGUGGAAUUAAAUCCUCGCUGUUAUUUUUUAACAGUUGUUGAUACUGUAAAUUGUUCUGUGCAAAUUAUAACGGUAUGUGUUAAUACAAAAUAGCUAUUAUUGGAGGUAGAUUAUUGGGUUUUUUUUCAUCCUCCAAAACAUGUCUUUGCGUUGGUACAUUCUGGAUGUGCCUUUAUAGAGGAAUUAUUCUUACCUCGUUGGAUUUAAGAAAGUAAGCCAAAGCGUAUUUAAGGGAGAAAAAAUAAAUCUUUUUGUUCUGAGGGAUAAGAGACGAGAUGACAUUUCUGUACAAUUCAUGUUACCUAAAGUGAUCUUCUUGUGGUACUCCAGUCCUAAUUCUGCCAUAGGAAAUUUUAUGAGGUAUCUCAGAUUUCAUUGUCUGUUAUCCUGGAUAAAAAACUAUUCCUUUAAUAAUUCUGUGAUUUUUUCCUGCACAACAAAUGCUGGUUAGAUGCCUGAAAUCUGUCACCAUGUGUUAAAACCGUUUAUAUUAACUGCUGUUAGAGAACUAUCAGUAAUAAUUGUCAGUACUAGUGAUAUGUAGAGUUAAGUAGGAAAUGUUACUGUGCCAUCCAGAAACUUCAAAUGACACAAUGAAUUUAGAGGCAAAACCUGGUAAAGCUGAAAUAUAUAGUCUGUAUUUUAUUAUUUGAUAAAUGUACAAGUCUAGGCACCUUUCCCCUAAAACGUAUGCAAAGAUAUAUAUAUAUAUAUAUAUAUAUAUAUGAAAUAAAAGGCAUACUGUUUCCAUGGAGGUUUUAGUAAGUGCCAAUAUGAGAUGUGCCGUGAGCACCCUGAAAUACUGAUUGACCUGGGUGAAAUCCGGGACGGUGCAGGAAAUCUGUGUGGGGCUGUGCAAUCCUUUUAAUCAGGGGUGAUGCCUUCGACACUGUGGUGUGUUUUGUAGGGUAGGAAUUUAAUUCACGUGAUGGCUGGCAUGAGUUACUUGAUGACAUAAAAAAGCACCUUUUAAUGCUCUUGGGCCCUAAUUCUUCCUAGACUUUGGAAGUUUGUGCUAAUUGCAGUAUGUUCAUGGAAAGCACUGGGAUGGCUCAGUGUUAGGCAAAUCUGUAUUUUACAGAAAAAGCAGAUGGUAUUUCCCAUAGUGCAGGAUCUUUGUAUUUGUUUUUAAUUUCCUGUACCUUUAGUGUUUCUUUCUGGUAUAUGUUUUGAGGACCUCUGAAUUUUAAUAGUUGGACCUUUCCAAAGGUAAAUAUAACGCCUUUGCCAUCUCCUGAUCCAUUUUCCAUUCGAUUUUAGAAAUCAAACUCUUUAACGUUAGCCAAGUUGAAGGAUUUCUGUGCCUAGAUAUGCAUUACAAAGAACUGUGUAUAUAUAUAUCAUUAUUUUUAUUGUCAGUUGGACAAAUUCUGUUGUCUUUGUAUUUUUUCAUUGAGCCUUGUGCCAGGUAAACUCCAGCUUCACCAAGUUUAGUUGGAGUCAGGACAAAGGAUAAAAGGAUUUCAAUGUUUAGGAGGGCUUUUCUCUUUUGUGUUACCAGAAAGCAAAGCAUGAAAUAUGUGUUUCAUAUCUUUAAAAAUAGUUAUGUGUGCAUCAUUUUAAAAAAAUAUUAGUGUUCAUAUUCAUUUUAACUUUUUGUUCAUAUGUACAUUGUAGUGAUUAUUUCUGUAUUAUAAUGCUGCUGAGCAUUUAAAAUGUAGAUAGAAUGAUUAUGAUGCAACUGAAACUACAAAUUUGUAUUUCUUUGAAGUGUUCUACCAAAAUGAAAAGUCUUGAAUUUUUAUGAAUGUAAAAAUGCUUCUAUUUAAGAAUAUGGUGCUUGUUUUUUCACUUUUACAAUAGAAUUGUAAUCAGCAAUAUUUUUAGUUACCUUAGUUCCAAAUUCUGAUGGAAAUUACAUUGCUCUUCAUUUACUGUAAAAUGUGCUUCACGGGAUGACGAUUGUUGUUCUGUAUUUUUUAAAUAAAGCUGAAUAUCACUUGUACGUACUUCA